CACAGCUGUUUAAAAGAGUCCUUGUUGUAGUUGCCAUUGAAGGAACCCUUAGAUUUUCCGAAUUCUCAGAAUGGAUGCCAUGGAUCCUUCCGUGUUGCGCUAUGGCACCUUGGUGCUCCAAGCGGCCACUCUUUUGAAGCUCAUCUUUCUGUUGGUCUCCUUCCUUCGAUGCCUUCGAUCAGCGUCCCUCUCCUUUUUCUCUGUGACUCUGGCCACUUGGGUCUCCAAGUGCCACAAGGAAAUCCAAAGCUGGUGGAAGUAUCGCCACGGCAGAGAUAGUCCUGAACUCGAUGAGAUGCGAUGCCUCUGGGCUCGAAGACUAAUGAACUUCAUCUUUGUCUUCACCAUGUUUCGCCUGAUCCUGCAACAGGCCGGUGUAUCGUACCCGUAUGGUCUCACUCAUCUUGUGGGGGCCACUCUUGGGCUGUUGUUGUUUUCAUUCCCUCGCCUCAUCAAUCCAAGCAGCCACGAUGUUUGGUACGUGGCAGUGAUGCUGAGCUUGGAUGCCGCCACUUUGGUCGAACUACCAGAAGUAGAUGUCCGAGAAGUGGUCCCCUUCGCGUUCGCAGGACGUUUCUUGUAUGGAGUGCUAGCCAAACGGAUUGGCUGCGUGGCGUUUUGCGUCCUAGUCCACUUGCUCCAAGCAAUUCAACUCUCCAGGUCACAAGAAGAUCCUCCAGGAAAACUCUAUGGUGCCCAUAAUCUCAUUCCCAUAUUUCUGAUGAUGUUUGUUGGCAUCAUUGCAGUGAGACGGCUGGUGCGUGAGAAUGUGGUUCUCAGGGUGGACUUGCAAAAGAGGACGGUGGAACUGGGCGCGGUCUCCUCUCUCCUGACUGCAUGUUAUGAUGCGGUGAUAGAGGUAGAUCACGCCUUGAGUCUCACUCAAGAUUCAAGCCAACUCGCAUCAAUGCUUCUGCAAACCGCAUCAAAAGCUGGUGGUUUGUCGGGGAAAUCCUUGCUCGACUUCUUUGUCGAAGAAGACAAACAACGAAUUUCUGAGCAAGUUUUCCGUUCAGAUUCCGAGAACGUCUCAGUGGUGGCAUUGAAUGCCGACAUGUUGGACUCCGAUUUUAAUCGUGUGAAAGUGGAGCUCUUCUGUGCGCAGUUCAAGAAUUUGGCCAAUGAGAGGUGCUUUCUCGUGGGCCUCCGAGAGAUGCAAGACUUGGAACCCUUCGAACGUACCGGAGUGACCCCAGUCUUGCUGGCUCCAACCUAUCCAAUGACAGGCGAGAAAGGCGAGAAUCUGAUUGCGAUGUAUGACGUGUACACAUUUGACCUUCUCAUGAUGAAUAGCGCACUGCAGCGACUGUGCCAACCGUUGGGCGACGUAGUCCUGGAUAGCAUUUCGGACCUUGCAAGCCACGACUCGCGACCAUGGCUCAACUCACAGUUGCAGCGCUUGGGGAAUUGGUUUGCUUCGCAUGCUUUCGAUGAAUCGCAAGCCAAACAUCCGAAAGAUCCCAAAGACAACGGUCUGGCAAGUGUGACCUUCAAUUUGUUGGGGAUCAGUGAGGCGAAAGCAUUUGUGACCAUCGAAUACGACGUGGAUUUGGAAUCCUGUAUCGGAACCAUGGUCAUUCAUCUUACCCCUCAUACUCCAGAUAGGGACCAUGCCAACUUGACCGAGUCAAACCUCAAAACUUUGCAUAGCUUGCCAAUUCACCAUUCGCAUUAUUCACAUGAUGGCCACGUUAGUCAGGCGCGUUCCCAUCGUUCCGGGUCGUCUCACGGCAGCCCCGCUGCCGGUGCUAUCAGCGACCUGCACAGUGACGCUGACCUGAAGGAGAUCAUCACGAAGCUCCCACUGUGAAGCACGGGAAUCAUCGGGAAUCCAUGAUAUCAAUAUAUAUCAAUGGGAAUCCCGGAAGCACUGGAUUUUUUCAAUGGGAUCAAGUUAUCAGUGAUCAAGUUUCAAAGUGGUUGGCACUGGCUGUGAUUGCAGCCUAUCCCUUUAGAAAUUUGAAAUCGAGAUGUUGGGCCGAUUUACGGCCAUAGAUCUGUUUCACUGGCAAAAACAUGCAAAGCAUCGCCAAGCUUUUGGAAAA